AUGUCAAGCUACUCGGUCGGCCCUGAAUUGAGGGUGCUCAGCCAAGGGGUUGGCUAUGGUAUUAUUGCAGGGAUCGGCGUCGCCUUUAGUCUGAUUAUGAUCCUGACGACCAAGUUCCAGAACAGAUACUUUGCAUUCUCGACCAAACAAUCCGAGGAGUUCAAUACAGCCUCGCGGAACGUCAAGCCCGGUCUCAUCGUUGCAGGUAUUGUUUCGGCUUGGACAUGGUCUGCGACCUUGUUGACCAGCUCCACCUUUGCAUAUGCCUAUGGUAUAUCUGGUCCGAUGUGGUACGCGGCUCUCGGCUCGUCACAGGUCAUUCUAUUCGCAUUGCUCUCCCUUCGAGUGAAGAGAGAUGUACCAGGGGCACAUACGUUUCCGGAGAUCGUGCUCUCGCGCCAUGGCAAAGUGGCUCACGGCAUCUUCACCUUCUUUGGCUGGAUUGUGAAUAUGUUUGUCGGUGCGACCUUGGUGCUCGGCGGAUCACAGGUCUUGGCUGGACUGUCAGGAGUCAACGUCUAUGGAGCCUGUUUCAUUAUCCCCAUCGCUGUGGCCGCGUAUGUGAUCCAAGGAGGUCUUCGAAGCACCUUUGUCGCCGACUAUCUGCAUACGGUGAUCCUCUUUGUGGCAAUCUUCAUAUUUGCCUUUACUUUAUACACCUCGAACGACUAUGUUGGGAGUCCAGGAGGAGUCUACGACUUACUUGUUGCAGCUUCCAAAGCCAGUCCGCUUCCGGGAAACCGUGAUGGUUCGUGGCUUACAUUCCGAUCGAAGGAUGGGAUCAAGUUCGCAGCUCUUAUUUUUCUGGGUAGCUUUUCGACUGUGUGGAUGGAUCAGGCCUAUUGGCAACGUGCCAUUGCUUCAAAGCCGGAAACCAGCGUCAAGGCAUAUUUGUUAGGUGGUCUCGCAUGGUACGGCAUACCAUAUGCAUUCGCUACGGCCAUGGGACUGGGUGCUGUGGCUCUGACAGGCUCUCCAUCAUUCCCGACGUAUCCCAACCCUCUAACGCCUGCGCAAAUCGGCGGUGGGUUCGCAGCCCCUGCAACCGCAAUUGCCCUCAUGGGUAAGAAUGGAGCUGCUUUGAUGCUGCUCUUGCUGUUCAUGGCCGUCACGUCUGCUGCGUCGGCCGAGCUCAUCGCAGUCUCGUCAUUGUGGACGUUCGAUGUGUACAAACUCUACAUCAAUCCGUCGGCAUCAUCCUCGAAAUUGGUUAGACAGGCACACUACGGCAUUGUGGCGUACUCCCUGAUCUUGGCGGCCUUUUGCUGCGGACUGAGCGCCAGUGGGAUCGACAUCACAUGGAUUAUCACAGCUGGCGGUGUUAUUGUCGGAGGUGGCGGAAUCCCGCUGGGAUUCAUCGUUCUGUUUCCAACAUGGGUGUCAACGACCGCUGCUAUUGGCGCACCAUUGAUUGCUUCGCCGUUGGGGCUAAUCGCCUGGUUCGUGACGACUCAUAUCCGCUCCGGAACCAUCACUGCAGUCACUACCGGAGACUUGACCAACUCUCUGGCAGGAAGUGCGACAGCCUGCGGUACCGGAGCUAUUACCGUGGUUGUUUUAUCUAUACUUUUCCCCUACAAAUAUACCUCGACAGAUCCCGUUCACAUUGCCCGAGUGGAAAAGAUUCGGGGGACGGCCGCCCUUGGCGGACAGGAAGUAGUGGCAGACAUAGCUCUGACAGCUGAUCCUGCCACUAGCGAGACGAAGCCUACUGGGUCUGAUCAAGCAACCGAGACAAACAAGACGGCCACAAGUGCCUCGCUUCCCGAGGCUGCGGCUCCCACGGGCAACGAAGUGGUUGACUAUCUGACCUCCAACCACAUUGAGCCUCUGGAUUUCAAGGCGUACCACCGGGCCCGGAGGCUGGCUUAUUGGAGCUGCGCGGUUUUCUUUGUCGUCGCCAUCAUUUUGUUCCCGUUCACCUUCUACGGCACCGGGUGGAUCUUCAGCAAAGCAGCGUUCGAAGGUUGGGUUAUUGUUAGUCUGAUAUGGGUCUUCUUCAGUGCUACGGCGUGCAUCAUCUGGCCCGUCGUGGAAAGCUAUCCGGCACUGAGGGAUAUGGGAAUGAUGCUUGUUCACGACACUUUCCGUCGUAAGGGGAACGAUGCCACGGCAGAAGCCUCGAGCUAG